UGGUGGCGGGUCCUUUUGGCUCCUCUUGUUACUGGCGCUGCCGCGUUGCCCGGUUUUUCCGGGCCAAACAUCAUGACGUCCGCUUUGGAGAACUACAUCAACCGAACUGUAGCUGUUAUUACUUCUGAUGGAAGAAUGAUUGUGGGAACUCUGAAAGGUUUUGACCAGACCAUUAAUUUGAUUUUGGAUGAAAGUCAUGAACGAGUUUUCAGCUCUUCACAGGGAGUUGAACAAGUGGUAUUAGGAUUAUAUAUUGUAAGAGGUGACAACGUUGCAGUCAUUGGAGAAAUUGAUGAAGAGACAGAUUCUGCACUUGAUUUGGGGAAUAUUCGAGCGGAACCUCUAAACUCCGUAGCACACUGAGGAAAAAUUAUGUACCCUGGACAUCUGUAAAUCUUUGUACAGAAACUGAUUAUUCUGAGGAAGAUGUGCAGAAUUUUUAUGAAUGUGUAAUUGUGGAUUUUGAUUCAUGGAUUCAUUAUAAUAUGCUAUGUAAAUUAAAAUAUUUACUACAUUUUAUUGAAA